UGCCCCAUCAUUGGUGUCAGUGGGAGGAAUAGUGCCCCAUCAUUGGUAUCAGUGGGAGGAAUAGUGCCCCAUCGUUGGUGUCAGUGUGUGGGGGGGGGGUGGAAUAGUGUCCCAUCAUUGGUGUCAGUGGGGGGGGGGAAUAGUGCCCCAUCGUUGGUGUCAGUGGGGGGAGGAAUAGUGCCCCAUUGUUUGGUUGUCAGUGGGGGGUGGAAUAUUGCCCCAUCGUUGGUGUCAGUGGGGGUGAAUAGUGCCCCAUCGUUGGUGUCAGUGGGGGGUGGAAUAGUGCCCCAUCGUUGGUGUCAGUGGGGGGGGAGGAAUAGUGCCCCAUUGUUUGUGUCAGUUGGGGGUGGAAUAGUGGCCCCCUUGUUGGUGUCAGACCUCUGGGUGGAAUAG